AUGGGCUUUCUGAUUCAGAAGCCAGAAGGCACGCCAGGAUCGGCAUGGCCGGCCAUUGCCAUUGGCCUCUUCGUAGCCUUUGGAGGUGUCCUGUUUGGGUAUGAUACCGGAACCAUCAGUGGCAUUCUCGCCAUGCCCUACUGGCAGGAUACCUUCUCCACUGGCUAUCGUGACAGUACGGGCCAUCUCAACGUCUCUUCGUCGCAAUCUGCCUCCAUCGUCUCUAUCCUCUCUGCUGGCACGUUCUUCGGCGCACUGGGUGCCGCCCCAAUUGCCGACCGCAUUGGCCGUCGUUGGAGCUUAAUCGCUUCCACUCAUGUCUUUAUUCUGGGUGUAAUUCUUCAAACGGCCGCGACUGCGAUUCCAAUGUUUCUCGCUGGGCGGUUCUUUGCUGGAUUGGGCGUGGGGUUAGUUUCUGCCUUGAUCCCCUUGUAUCAGUCGGAGACUGCUCCCUCCUGGAUCCGUGGUUCCAUCGUUGGCUCCUACCAGCUAUCUAUUACUAUCGGUCUUUUACUGGCCUCGAUCGUCAACAACUCCACCCAGAACCGCAAAGACACCGGUAGCUACCGUAUUCCUAUUGCUAUCCAGUUCGCCUGGGCCAUCAUACUUAUCACUGGCAUGCUCGUGCUGCCUGACACUCCGCGCUAUCUUAUACGCAAGGGUGAUCGCGCCGCCGCGGCGCAGGCUCUCGGCCGCCUCCGCCGCCUACCAGCUGACGACUUGGCAGUGCAGGACGAGCUGGCUGAGAUCCAGGCCAACCAUGAGUAUGAGCUGACCUUGGGCAAGUCGACAUACCUCGAAUGCUUUAAGGGCAACCUACUUAAGCGGCUGGCAACAGGCUGCGGCCUCCAGGCCCUACAGCAGCUAACCGGUAUCAACUUUAUCUUCUACUACGGCACCCAGUUCUUCAAGAACUCAGGCUUCCACAACUCCUUCGUCAUCAGCCUAAUAACCAACUGUGUCAAUGUUGGCUCAACAUUUCCUGGUCUCUGGGCCGUCGAGAAAUGGGGCCGUCGGCCAGUCCUUUUAUGGGGUGCCAUCGGUAUGUGCGUGUCGCAGUUCAUUGUCGCCAUACUUGGCACCACAACCACAGGCCAGGAUACAGCCGGCAACAUCGUUGUCCAUAACGAGCCCGCUCAAAAGGCCGCGAUUGCCUUUAUCUGUUUCUAUAUCUUCUUCUUCGCUGCCAGUUGGGGGCCUUGUGCAUGGGUUGUCACUGGCGAAAUCUUCCCCCUUAAGGUCCGCGCCAAGUCUCUUUCCAUGACCACCGCAACCAACUGGCUUCUUAAUUGGGCGAUUGCAUACUCUACCCCCUACCUGGUUGACUACGGCCCAGGUAACGCCAACCUGCAGUCCAAAAUCUUCUUUGUCUGGGGCGCCUGUUGCUUCCUUUGUAUAUCGUUCGUCUACUUCUUCAUCUACGAGACUAAAGGGCUCUCCCUCGAGCAGGUCGAUGAGCUCUAUGCCGAGGUCAGCAGUGCUAGGCAUUCCACCUCCUGGACCCCGACCAUUACCUUCCUUGCUAUCCAGGAAGGCAAGGCUACUGCUGCGCAUGAGGAGAAGGCUGCCGAAGCUGCUUAA